AUGCCUAAGUCCAAGCACCUGGACUUAUUUGGGCGCAAAGUGUACUGUAUGGGGGGGUUGCAAAUCAGGAUUGCCAGCCAGCAGGCAAUUCUGAGUAGAUAUAGCUUCAACUCCAGGAAUUUGAUGUUCAAAUGUAAGGAGCUGGUGCCAACUGAGUCCAGGAAUGAGUUUGGAGCUAUAGUGGAGGAGGGCAAGAUAGUGGCACAGACCUCUUUACAGGCCUCACUGGAUGCUGCAGACUCAGUGUACGUUGUCGUUAGAGUAGGAAUUGCAAUAUCAGGCCGGGGAAAGCAGGGAGGUAAAGCGAGGGCUAAGGCGAAGUCUCGCUCCUCGCGGGCUGGGCUGCAGUUCCCGGUGGGUCGAGUGCACCGGCUGCUCCGCAAAGGUAAUUACGCUGAGCGGGUUGGGGCUGGAGCUCCGGUCUAUAUGGCCGCGGUGCUGGAGUAUCUGACUGCUGAGAUUCUGGAACUGGCUGGUAACGCUGCUCGGGACAACAAGAAAACCAGGAUCAUUCCCCGUCACCUGCAGCUCGCCAGCCGAAACGACGAGGAGCUCAACAAACUGUUGGGGAAAGUGACGAUUGGUCAGGGGGGUGUCCUGCCCAACAUCCAGGCCGUGCUGCUACCCAAGAAAACUGAAAGCCAUAAGGUCAAAAGCAAAUGAAACUGACCAAGAAGAAAGAUGAACACUUCAACUUCAGCGCUAACCGAAAGGCUCUUUUCAGAGCCACCUACUGUCUCAUGGAAAGAACUGCAUGUCACUAGCAAACAGGGCUGCUCCUUCUGUUUUAAAUAGAAAACUCCCCCCAUUUACUAUGGGUUGUCAAAAAGCAUUUAUUAGUAAUCCCCCCAUUCAUUUUUCAGGAAAAAUGGAAGCCCCUUUGGGGGAUGAGAAACAAGGCCUCAAGCCUUUGUUUUUCCAGGUUCCAUAAAUAUCGAUGGGGCAAAACAGAUUAUAAAG